AUGCCAAGAAAACUUUUAAAGUUCCUGAUAGUGUUUGACAAUACAUCAUUACUGUAUUUUCCUGGUCAGUUUCUUUCUGGAAAAGUGUUGAUGGAAUUACAGGAUGACACUCCAGUUUUGGGUCUACACUUCCAUGUUGUUGGAGAAGGUGUUGUGAGGGUUGGUUCUGGUCGUCAUGAGCGUCUUUUCGAUAAAGAAAACUAUAUAGACUUCAGAAUGCGGUUACUUGGUGAACCAGGAAAUGGUGCUUCAAUAUUAUCUCCAGGUAUACAUAGCUUUCCCUUUAAGUUGGGUUUGCCUAUGGGUCUGCCUUCUACAUUCCUGGGGACACAUGGCUGGGUACAAUACUAUUGCAAAGCAGCAUUAAGGGAACCAAAUGGCUUGACACAUAAAAAUCAACAGGUUUUCAUUGUUAUGAAUCCCAUUGAUUUGAACUUGGAACCACCAGUUUUAUCUCAACAAUUCGAGUGCAGCAUUGAGCACAAGCUAGGCGUAGGAUGCGUAAGCGGUGGCGUGGUGUCCUGCAGCGUGUCUCUGGACCGCGGCGCGUACGUGCCUGGGGAGAGCGUCGUGCUCACGGCGCGCAUCCUCAACAACUCGCGCACCACCAUCAAGGCCACGCGCGCGGCCCUCACUGAGACGAUCCAGUACUACGCGCACGGGAAGGUUGCAGCUAAAGAAGUACGCGAAUUAUCAUCGCGCGCGCACGGACGAACGAGACCCGGCGGACGCGACGAAUGGCGCGCGGAAGUAUUAUACGUACCUCCGCUACCCCCCACCAACCUGCGGGGCUGCCACCUCAUCAAUGUGCAGUACGACGUGUUUUUCAUAAUAGAGCCGAAGAGUAUUGAGAAAGACGUGAAGCUGCAGUUGCCGGUGCUGAUAGGAACAUACCCCUUCCGCGGGGCCGACGAGGAACCGCCCGCGCACUACCCCAGCACGCUGCCCGUGUUCCGGCCCUGGUUGCACGACAAACCUGCGCACUGA